CAAACGCACAGUCGUGUAAUGAAAGGAGGAGGGACCAGUGAACCAAGCCCAUGCAGCAAGCUGUCGCCGCGCCGCACUCGUAAUAAACGGGAGAAAACAUAUGAAGUGCAUCGCAGGCAAGUCAAGAAAAUGGCAGCACCGCUUGCGAUUUUCGACGAUCAAGGCGAUCCACACACCCCAAGCACGGAAGAAUGGCCGGAAUUUAUCGAGUUCAGGGGCUCCUCUGCAGAUGACAUCAAUUCUAAUGGAAAUGCCUUCCCGGUUUUGUCGAUAAAAGAGGAAAUAUGCCCGGACAAUUUUAAUGAACGAACCAUGUCAAUCGAGGAUUUGGUCAACAACUUUGACGACAAACUCGCCGUGUGCUUCAGGAAUUACAACCUGAACACGGAAAGAAUUGCACCUGUCAAAAUUCUCACACAAGAGGAGGUUAUGAAAAAUUGCAAAAUAUGGAAGAAAGUGACAGAUAACAUGGGCCAAGUCAUGCCUCUAGACUGGAAGAACUCACACACGCGGAAACUGCACAUGCCAACACUCAACUUAUGUACCAAGAAGAGGAAUGGUGACAAUCUGGACUUGCCUGAGGACCAUGAACUGACCCAGUGUUUUGACAUGCAUUCCAUGGUUUUGUCCUCUACACCACCCGAAGACCAAGACCCAGUGAUCACAGCAGAUCGAGUGAUUGAAGAAAUUGAUGAGAUAUUCCAGUCACAGUCAGACUCAUCGCCCGAUGACCAAGUGGACGAGGACUCAUUAUCAAAUAUCUCACGGGAGUUGCAGGCCCUGAGAGAUCGGUCCAUCACCACUAGCAGCUACGAGGAGAGCCAACUUGCCCAAGGAUCGCCAGAGCUGAAAUGCAUGACACUGUCGGAGCUGAACGAGCUCCUAGAGGACCUGGAGGCCACCAUCAAAGAGUACUCGGAGGCCCUGGUGACAGAGCUGGCGCUGCGGGAGGAUCUGUGCUUUGAGAAGGAGACCAAGAACCAGUUCAUCUCGGCCCUGGUGGCCGUCCAGAACAAGAUCAAAGGUUUUAAGAAGCAGCCGCCGUCGGCGUCCGGCAAGAAGAAGAACAAGAACGGCGUGGAGCCGGGAACGUAUUUAACCACCAGAAUACCAUACCACAAGGGUAGUGGGCCUCCAGAUGUCCAAACACUGCAGCAAGUCACAAAAAUUCUGAGAGCAAUCAACGAAGACAGCAAAGACGUCCCGGACCUUCUGACCAACUACAUCCUCAAAGUGUUGUUCAAACCAGAGAAGGAUGGCGAUAUCCCACUACCAUUGCCCAUGGAUAUGCAGGUCAGGUAAAAGGUUAAAUGUGAGAGGUCAGCCAUCGAGGAAAGAGCUCUGAUUUUGUCAUCAUCAUCAUUGUUUUUUGCAUCUUGCCCAUUGCCAGUUGGCCCAAGCCACCCGUUCCAAGAAAUUUCUUUUUUAUUCUCAGUCAUUUUUUUGGGGGGGGGAGGAAUUGGGAGAAGUACCGGUACUGUUGGCAGUCACAUGCUGAUGUCGGGGGGUAUUAAAACAGUUAAAUUGACGUGUUGGGUUUGCAUCAAGCUCUGAAUGUUCAUCAGCAAUACAGCGCCAACAGAUUUCAUCACUUUCAUCAAAGUUCUAUUGCAUGUCCCUGUGGUUUUGUAGCAUAACGUAAACGUAGCAAGAAGGUAUUGUCAUUCACGUAGUGUUAGUAAUAUUCUGUGACGUACAUGUACAUUGUACGCAUCAUGCGAUCUUGUGCAGGGUUCUAAAUAGUACUUGGAGAUAUUCGUAUUUAGAGUGUAUAGAGUAGGGUAAAUGCAAAAAAAAAUCAAAAUAAAUACGUACAUUUGUUCUUGCUCUUUUGUAAAAUAAAAUAUAUUACUAUUAAUAUAUUGAAUACUCACGUGCUGGAAAUUCUAAAUUGACUGUAAUGCAGUUAAUUGUUUCACUGUAAUGCGCAAGUAUUUUUCUUUAUUUGAAAUUUUGUCAGUAAUUGGACUGAAGCGAAUUAGCUUUCACUUCGCUUUUUGUAUUGCGUCGUGCUAUUUUUUUCUUUUUGAAUUUUUUAUAUGUUCAUGUAAAUUUGUGUAUUAUAAAAAGAGACGAAGAUUUAAUUAUUAAAAAUGCCCAAAGAUUUAUUAUCCUGUCAAAAAUCCAUUAAAAAAUAGUAGUGGUCAUUGUUGAAAUGGUACGCACUGAAGCCAAAAUAGUGUAAGUCAGAUGAAAGAGGUUUACAGAGGAAAAUGUGAACAAAAAUUGCCUAGUCAUUUCUCGCGCAAACGCACCAACGAAAAAGAGUACGGUACUGUGUUUUUAAAGAAACAGAAGAUUGUUUCUGGCUAAGUACUCCAGGCACAGUUCAAUCAUUUCUACUUACUGUAGUACAUCUUAGCAAUCCGGCAAUAGCCACUCCUUGAUUUCCACGAUGCAUGUACCUUUGGCAGCCAAAUUCUCUAUGUGUGGGGAAAAGAUAAUCUGUUUCUACCUGUACAAUCAAUGAGAGAAACUUGUGCAUAAUUAACAAUAUACUUGUACCACUUCAAGCUGCCCACCCUCAUUCAGUUUCCAGGCCCAAGAUUAUUUUAUUCCGGUUCCUAGCAGCCGUGUAUGCUUGCCCAAUGGGUUCUCCUGCCACUUGCCACUAGCAAGUUCUGUGAGUGGAUUAAUGGACUACCAUUCUUAUCAGGCAAAAUGUUGGAAUUUUAAGACUUGUAACAACCUCCUGCUAUGGGCCUCGAGCUGGACCAAGAGGGCAAUAUUUGUAAGCAAAAGAGGAACUGAACUUCGUUUGUUCACGAACAAAUAGGAAAUGCAGGUGUCACAGUCGCAUUACUACCAACAAAUUGAACAUUCCUGACCAACGUGGCUCUUUUCAACCGGGGGGGGGAGCUUUUGAUGGGGGGAUACCGGUAUAAUGACAUUUUUAAUUAGAAUAUUUUAAACAAGCAAAGCUUAAAAAAAAAAGAAAUAGGCCACCUAUCCAAUCAUAGGCUGUGUUCCAGUGUUUUUGCUGCAUGCAUCCCUGGAAGUCACCAGCCUGACCAGCAGCAAUAAGGGUGGUUCGUCCUAUUCACGCAAAUUGCAAAGCCAAAGCAAAUUUGAUGUCACCAAGUUUUGUGCUUUGUCCACAUUCUCGUCACUGUCAUUCACGCAUACGGUUUGCUGGAUCACAGAAUAUGACUGGAACUUUCCUUGUGUCCAACCAGGAAAUAGGUCCUUGUCCAAGAUGUCUUCAAAUUUUACAAUAUUACAUGCAAUAGGCUGUGUUUUCAUAUAGCAGGUACGCACACUGGUCUGAUUCCCUCCUUCAACGGAGAGUUUUUACAGUCAGUCAUUUUCUUCAGGAAGUGCUUGUCAUUUGCCUGGAGUCUCGAAUAGGAUAGGCUAGUCGGAUAUACAAACCACCGGUGUACACAAUUUGACAAUUUUUAACACAUGAUAAACAUUGCAGAUGAAUGUACCUUAGCCUAUAGAGUACAAAAUAUAUAUUGUGAAGUUUGGUGCAGGCUUCUUUUUUUUAUUUCUUGAUAAGGAGUUUUUCUUCAGUUUUUUGGUAUCCUCUGUGAUGUGUCUAGCACACAGUGGGUUGUUAUAUCCCGAGGUAAGACUCAAGCAAUCAUGAUACGCUCAUACUCAGUUGACAUAUCACCAACUUUAUUCUGGCUUGUUCUGGCAAAGGAUUUUCCUGUCAUCGAUUCCACAAAAUGUCCUCCCAAAGAGUCGUAUGGUUUCUCAUGAAAACACUUCUGCCUUUCAGCAUCAGCAGGUCAUUACAAAGUGACACCUCAUCAAGAUGGAUUCACGGGCACAAUUUGGGCCAGGGAGAAAUGCCUCUGGGAUUCAAACAUUUUGGCGCCAUUUGACAGUGAUCCAGCGCAGGCACUUGUAGGGAAUAAGGCACAACGCAUACAUGUUAAACUUUUGUCAUGUAAUAAAAGACAAGUACUGCAAUAUCAGUGUUAGUAAAUGUCAGUUGUAAAUCAGGCUUGGACUGCAGUGUGUAAAUGUAUGCAUGUAGUAUAGACUUCCUCACAGCAUUGUCGGCCGCCUCAGAAAAUUGUCACACAAUCAAGUAUCAAACCAAAUCAAGCAUCUCAAAGGGACAGUUACCUGUUGCAUUGGUGGGUGUUGUUUAUAAACUCAUUUGCAUCUUCUCUACACAAUGUGGCGUCUGUAUUAUGGACAAAGAUGCGUACAGACAAGUUAGUCUGCUUGAAACAUCAACGUACCAAAGGGAUAGCACCAUAAGUCAGCCUUCGAAGUGAUAGCACUUCGAAGUGCUAUCACUUCGGUUUAUUGAAUUACGUAUCACACAAAGGCCAAGGACUUUUUUCCUGGGAAUGCCAGCCCUGUGUUGUUGCAUUGCAUGUGCUUCAUUAAUCGGCUCUUGAUCCACCUGGGAUCUAUAUCUGCUUAGUGAACAAAUAUCCCCUUCAUUGACGACAGAUAGAUUGACUAGAAUGGUAAUGUUAUGUCAUUGGCACCUUGCACCCAGCACCUCAACAAAACUUGAUCAGUUACUCACAUUUUUACCAUCACAAGUUAAAAAAAGAAAAGGAAGAAAAGAAACACCAUCCCUGUAUUGCUGGGUUUUAUUAGAGUUUCUCGUUUUUAAUCAGUGCUGAAACAACUAGCCCAACUCCCCGCAUGGCCAUUUUCUGUAACAGGUAGCAUGUCCUGUGGCAUUUGUACUGUAAAUAAAAUGCAGCUCUUUUGAUUAAAAAGUGCAAUUUCUUGGAUCAGUGUCAGGAAGUGUGUAGUUAUGUAGAACAUAAAGAUAACUAUGGGGCGGUCAGCUGAAUGGAAAUUUGCUUUUGGCACGAGUUGUUGUUUUCGUUGACUUUUCCUCAUGGAUAUAAUGUACACAGUGUAGUAGGAUAAAGGAGUGUUACUUGUAGUUCUCGUGAAGGAUAUUAGCUGUGUUUCUGUAGGUAAUUCUAUGUGACAAUGUGCCUGUUAUAGCUGUGUGCAGAGACAGAAAGGACAUAGUAACCUGUUGAAAAGGAAACAUUUUACAAUAUUUCAAACACCGCGUGGACAAAUUCACGCAUGUUUAUCAGUGUACGUUCUCGAAGCCCCCAAAAUACGCUGAUAGUGUACAGGUAUCUGUCCCUUGGCAGUUCGAAAACUAGUUUACAUGUACAUUUACGGUAUGUGGGAGGAUGUGUAGCCUGGAAGUUAAAAUUUGAAACUCUUGAUCACAGGUUCAGGGGUUCAAAUCAGCCAGCUGGCUUAAUGUUAUAACCUUAGGCAAGUGACUUUACUCCAACCCUAGCUCCAACUUGCCCUCUCUCCACUCAAGAGAGUAAAUGGGUACCUGUGAGGGCAGAGAUGGUUAUUACUUACCUCUGAUUAGCCAUUUCACCUGAAAUGGCAACAUCAGGCUGUGUACUCCCCAGGGAGCUGAGAUUCAGAAAUGUUUAUAAGCCCGAUGAUGAUAAUAAGCAUGUGCGCUCUGAUAGGUUUUCCAGAUAAGUGUGCCAUGUAAGUCUAUAUGUUGGUACGAAUAAAACAUACAUAGUGUGGACGUUCGCACAAAGGAAAUCCACAUAAUACAGGGUGUGGACUUGCACACAUCCACACUCUAUUUUCCCCUCUAGAGACAUUUCAGGGUCGGGUUUAUCAAUGGCAAAAGAAAGAUAAACAAAUCCAGCUUGUUGUCGUAGAGGGAGAAAUAGGAGCACUCCCCCUCCCUUCAAGUUUUCUGAACUGCAGGAGACCAACGGCAUGCCAACACUAGGAAUGUGAAACAAGCAUGUACGAGUGCACAGAGCUCACCUGCCUGUCAAAAGAAACGAAAACUAGUUGCAGUUUCGUGGCCCCUAAUAAAAUUGCACCCUUAUCCUUGGAAGUUUUAAAAUCUGAAGUUAAGGCUCCAUGCUAGAGUAACAAGGAACAACUUCUGUUUUUGCCCUAGAAAAAUUGGAAAUUGAAAUUUAUUUGGUGCUUCAUUGUGUAUGUGUGUUUGUAAAAUUUGUGCCAAUUUUGCUGUUUGUACUUCUCAUAUUUAGCAUAGUUAUGAUUCAUUCACAUCAGAUUUAAUAAUGGACUACUGUUUAAAAUCCAUUUGACGUACAUGUAAGCGGCAUAUUGAAAGCCUGGGCCAUUAUUUUUUUAUACUUACAUGUCAUUCGUUGCUCAGGUGCUUUGCAUUCACAAUAAAUGUCAAUUUGUUCAAACCUGUACCUCUGUUUUUUUGUUAUGUUUACAUUUCAGUAUUAUUUACUUUGUAUUGGAUUAAGCAUAUAAGUCAUUUUCCUUUACCAUUUCUGCAACAAAGUUGUUACCAGUACACGGCAAUUAGUAGUAUGGGUGUAGUAAUAGACCAAGUCUUUGUUAUAAGACAGGAGAAACUUGGGGGGCCUACAGCUAAAGGUUUUCACAUGGACAGCUUGCAGUAAAUUGUCAGAAGCCAUGGGCAAGGUGCGAGCUUUUGACACAGCCUAUGUCAUGAUAAGCAUUCGUCAAAAAAAAAAGAAAAAAAAAUUGAGCCAAGGACCAUGUUUUCAGAAGGUCAUACCAAUGAUUCUAUGAAAAAUUGUGAACUAUGCACAACUGCAUAACCAGAACUUUAAAAGUUAAAGAUUUCACAGAUGCCAUCAUAUUUGUCAUAUGUUUUCAAACAUGUAUUUGAGAGAAUCCAAGUGUGCUUUUUCAACCAGUGCAAGGUGGACUUUCCACAAAUCAUCAUGAGAGACCGACACUCCACAUAGUUGAGAAUGUCAGGUGAACCCGUCCUGAUUGGUUAAGCAUUGCACGUGCUCGUUGAGAUUUUACCAAUGGGAAAGGUGCUCAAGAGACCUAAAUCCUGAAGGCAGAUCAGUCAAGUAAUAACUGAAAUCACUGCUUUCUGUUGUCCAUUUGGGUUCAGCAGAUCCAGAAGUACUAUGUGUAGAGAAUGCUUAGCUGAUACGUGGUCAUUCUGUACCUUCAAUGGUCAUUUGGCGUGUGGUGUUGUUAGCCUUUCCCACCUUUUUUGUGACAUUCACUAGAAACUGUAGUAGCCAGAUUGAGAAGAGAUAUUGUGCACAACUGGUGCUUGAUAGAGGUUGUGCAUGGUAGUCAUUUUUCCGGUAAGGGCUUUUGUUCCCCAGGGAUACACAUCAGGGGUGGAUCCAGGGGGCAUAGGGGCGCAUCCUCCUUUUUUGACCCAGACAAUAAAUAAGUAAAUGAGAAAAAAUGAGGGAGGAAGGAGAACAAAGGUGUCGUACUGCUUGAAAUUGCACCACGGAGCACCUAGAAUCCAAAAUGGCUCCAGACUCCACGACAUACUGGCAUUUUACCAUUACUGCUUUAGCUCACGCCCUCCCCCUGUGAAAAAUUCAGGAUCAUGCCCCCUUUUGAAAAAAACAGGAUCUGCCCCGUACAUGAGUAGACCUUUUUUGCUAGAUUCCUCCAUAACACAGGCAGUUACUGGAAAAAUGGCUGUCGUGCACAACCUCGGUAGAAAACCAUGAUCCACAGUGCUAGAAAUAGGUUUUUUUCGUAUUUUCAAUUCCUUUUCUUGGUUAAUUUGUUUGUUAAUGUCUCUUUUAAUCGAAAACCUUGAAUUAUAUAUUCCCUAAAGAAAUGAUGAAAACAUUUCACCACUUUUUGUACUGUAUUUAAGCAUGCCCCAGGCAUAACUGUUUAAGCUUUUUUGGAAGAUGUUUUACCUGGAAAAACAAAGCUAUUGUCGUAAAUUCUAAAGUAGGUUGAAGAUGAGGCCAUUUGCCUGUCAGAAGUUUAGUGAGUGUUUAGCUGAGGUAUGUGUACCGUUGACGCAUUCUAGAGCUUAAUCAUGUGCACUUGCGUACAUGUAUAGAAAAGUGAAUUGUGAAACACUCCAACUUUUUCUCUGUGGGAAAUGUAUGUGAAAAUGACAUUUCAGUGGAGGUGUUGUGACAGCUCCUAGAUUUGGAAUCCUUUGGCUUUCGGCAAAUAGCAGCUGUCAACUUGACAGACUGUUUCAUAAUGGGUAAGUUUGAUCAGUGACAGAUUGUCAACUAAUGGUCGACUUUGACUGGUAACCUAUGCUUGAAAUGUAUACCGGACACCAGGCAAAAUCGACUAGUGGUUAACAAAUUGCCACUGAUCACACGUACCCAAUAUUGCUGUGUACAGAAAUUUGAAGUGCAGGACUUCUACUUUCUACACGUCCAAACUAAGUACAGUUCUCAGUAUCAUUGUCAAAAUGAAAUCAUGUUGUAGUGUGGUGACCAUUUAUAACACAUUAAAAUAAUGUUAAAUGCACGAGUGGGCAACUCUUGACAUAUUCAGUGUGUUACUGUAAUAAUAAUACCAAAGUAGAAUAACUGACUGCAUUUUAAAACAAAGAGAAUUGUUCAACAAAUUUAUGAUAACAGCAUUGAAAAUUGCACAACUCUGUGCUGCAUUAAGAAUUGCUGCUUGUGACUUUUUUCCAAAAACAGGUCUGAGUAUGGUAAUGAAUUUUCACUUUCCUUUUUAAUUAAUAUCCAACUAAUAAUGAGGCUGUUUCCUGUGACACCAGAAGGAAAGUUGCACACAGAUGUGCUGCUCUUAAAUCACUCCUGAUUUCUGUAUUCGCAAGAUAAUGUGUUUUUGGAGUUGUCCAUUGGCUGGUAAUUACUAUUUAAGAUUUGUUGAUUGUUGUACAUGGCUUAUGGCUCUCAUGGUGAAGGUGCAAGUGCCAUGUACAUGUAUGCCGUAUAAAAUAAUGUCCCAUAUCAUAGCAGCCAACCACUGUUCUGUCACAUAGAAGUAUGAGAAAAUGACUGGUUGAGACUCACUCUGCUGGCAAAAAAUAAUUUCUAGCUUGUUGAGCAAGCCUCAACCAUCCUGACACAUUUUAUUGGUCAUUGUGAGCUUUCCUGCCAGACGCCACACUGAGGUUACACAAAUGCUCUAGUGGGCAUAUCCUUCUUGUCUGAUGCUCUGGUGCAGUGACUCUGUGAUGCCAGUGUGUAUAAGGCAGCUUUUAAUUAAGUGACUUAAAUACUGUCACAAUUGUUUUCUUUUUUACAAACAUGGCAAGCAUUCAUCCUAGAACAAUGAAAUUUAGAGGUUUAGUUUCUACUAUUUCACAAAAGUGGUUACCAGCUAAUUUAGUAACAUGACCAGCUAACUUGGCUUGUGAAAACAGAAAACGGGAUUUAGAAGCAGUUUGUAUCAGUGUGUUGCUUUAUCUGAGUACUGCAGGCAGCAGCCUUCAUAAUUUAUCUUACAACCUGAAUUUAUGCCAAGAUAUUGAAAGGUUGCAUUCAAUAUUUGGAGCGGCAGGUUUAGCAAACUGUACUGUACAAGUAAUCUUGUGUUAAAAUCAAUGUGACAGAUGUGAAUGUAUUAAAUGUCAAGAGAUUCAGA